CCAAAAUGGCGUCAUUGUUCCAGCCGCUUAAAGAUGUUCGACCCCUCCCGAUGCUCCGCCACUCCCAUCGUUGGGAGGAGGUGUCUGCGCUCCCGUCCAGCCCGGCGCCCCUUUUGCUUAGUGCUUGCCGGCUGGGAAGAAAAUCUGUUUGCAGGUGUCUUUGUUCGCACUAGAGCGCAACGGCUAGUGCGCACAGAUAUUGAUUUAAGUAAAGCAAGCAGUUUAUUUAUUUAUUGGGCUUUUACUGAAUACGAGCAUUUUUUCUUAUAAUAAAGACAUAAAGUCACAGAAGGCCAGCUACACGUUAUUGAUAACCCUGUGGUUUAAAAUGAAUGAGACGGAGCAUCCUCUUCCCCUCUCAGAAUAUGAAUUCGAGCGGCGAUUUGACGAGAGAGGUGCAAUCGACUGGAUGCAGGAAAACUGGAGCAAGGCCUUCAUGUUCUGUGGUCUGUACGCGGCACUCAUCUUUGGGGGACAGCACUUCAUGAGGCAGAGGCCGAAGCUGGAGCUGCGCAAGCCGCUGGUGGUGUGGUCCUUCAGCCUGGCCAUCUUCAGCAUCAUUGGGGCAGUGAGGACAGGGCUGUACAUGAUGUAUGUCCUCACCACCAGCGGCUUCAAGCAGUCUGUCUGUGACCAGAGCUUCUACAGUGGACCUGUCAGCAAGUUCUGGGCAUACGCCUUUGUACUGAGCAAGGCUCCUGAGCUGGGUGACACUGUGUUCAUCGUGUUGCGCAAACAGCGGCUCAUCUUCCUGCACUGGUACCACCACAUGACCGUACUGCUGUACUCCUGGUACUCCUACAAGGACCGCGUGGCCGGCGGGGGCUGGUUCAUGACCAUGAACUACAUGGUCCAUGCCCUGAUGUACAGCUACUACGCAGUGCGGGCAGCUGGAGUGCGAGUCCCACGUCCCUUAGCCAUGCUCAUCACCACCACACAAAUUAUGCAGAUGGUGAUGGGGCUGGCGGUAAGCGGGCUGGUGUACCUGUGGAUGCAGGAUGGCCUCUGCCCCUCCUAUGUGGACAAUAUCAUGUGGUCCUCCCUCAUGUACCUUAGCUACCUGCUACUGUUCUCGUCCUUCUUCUAUAACACUUACCUCAAGGGCAACAGUAGCCGCAAGACCUCCAAGGCUGAAUAGACCUUGAAGAUAAAGGAUUCCCAAGUGCUGGCCUUAUAUGUGGGUGUGCACCAGAUGAUUACAUUGCAGUACACUGUCCUUUUCUAUUUGCUGGUUCCCAGGUCUUUCUGUCUCACCAGGAGUCUCAAUUCAGAUUGUGCCACCUGGCUACUAAUGUGUCGGCACCCCUGCCCUGCCACCUAUGGAGAUUAUUAAGGAUCAUGGAGCACAAGAGAGAGACCUGGUAGCCAGUAAAGGCAUCUGCACACUUCACAAUGACCAUAAGGAGUGCUCUGGUGGGUAACUGGUCUGCAGGGGGAGGGAAGAAAAUUUUGCUUGUUACUGCAUAUAUCUGUGCUUCCUGGCCACUUCAUUAGUCUCCUUUGCUCUUGCUCUUGUGCCUCUGCUGCGCCCGUCAGUUUGAAAUGAGCACUUCAGAGCGUCUCCAGUUAUCUUGAAAGCCCAGAAGAGCAGUGACUUUCGGAAGGUGCUCAAAUUCUUUCACUGUACAGUAUUAGUCAACUGCUAUCCAAUUCUGGCAGUCUGACACAGGAUCAUAGGCACUUGUGAGAAGAGGUCACAUUCCUGCUUCUAUCAGCAGAAAGACAAGUAUCUAUGCAGUUCUCUCAGCCUCCUAGUUAGCAUUAAAUGUUGUCUCUCUACUGUUCUGAGAGGCAGUCUCAUAAAUGGACUAGUUGGUGGAGUAGAGAUGUGUCGAAGGAGAGGUCUAUCUCACUAUUUCAACAUAUUUAUUAAAAUACUGAGAUGUGCUCAAAAUAUACAUUUCUAUAUUGAUCGAUCCAUAAAUAUUGCUCUUUAGACCUCAGAAGUGCUUAAUACCAUAAUGGUCUGACAUGGAAGGCAUAGUUUAUUUAGAAGCUACCAGGAGACCUUUUGUCAUAAUGAUUUUGUCAGACUUGCCCCAGCGUGCCUGUGAACAGAAGGUGCUUAGUUAAAUUCCGUUUAAUUCUGGAAACUGUCCUGCCUGCUGUACAAUGCGCUGCACCAAGUCCAAGAGCUGCUGGUGCAUCAAAGUCACUAUUUUUACAGAUGGAAGAGGAAGUUAUCCUGUUACUAAUUAUUACAAACUAAUAAUUAGGGGUUAUUCUCUUACUAAAGUGGCCACAAGGGGCUGUAGUUACAUCAGUUGUUCUACCCAUAACUGUCCUUAUCAGUUUUGCAUAUGAAUAUUUCAAACCAACCAGUUGCAAAACAUGAAGUUUUAUCAGAACAUGGCAUACUUUGAAAUGUUUAAGUGAGAAGGAAUGAAACAGUUUGUAGUUUAACUUAACCAUCAUGAAGACUUACACAUCUGAUGAAAGCUUGUCCCUCAGGAAUAUUUCGUACUAUGACUGAAUUCCCUUCUACAUAUCAGAAAAGCAAUUCUUAACCUGUUUUUGAAAUGGGUCUGCACUGAUCUUUGGUUAUUUCAAUACAAAUGAUAAAUGAUAGCACAUUAAUUAAACAGAUACUAUCGACCUUGCAGUGGAUUGAGUGUAUGGCUGAUAUCAGGGAUUUGAAAAAAUCAAUGUUCCAAAGAUCAGUGGGACAAAAACAUCUUAUCUACUUUAUAAAUAUUCUUCAGUUUCUGAAAAUGAGUUCUAAGGAAGAGAGGCUAUUACACUUAAUCAGCCAAUGUGAAGCACUUCAGUAUUAAGACAGGUUAGACUUGGCUAUGUUGUCAUAGCUUAGAGCAGUAGGCUGGCAUGGCAGGAAUGACAAAUACAGACCUGCAAGACAAGGUUUUUCCUGUUGAUGUGCUUCAGAGAGGUAUGGAAAUGUGCCUUUGUGCUGCAGAUGACAUGCCAGUAGAGAUUCUCUGGAAUGUCUGUCAUUCCUGUAUCACAGCACAAAUCCAGAAUAACCUGAACCCAGCAGCCCAGCUCCUCAUGGUUUGCAAACCCUUUCCUCAUUCUUGCAAUAUCUCACGUUACCUUCAGUGGACUAACUUGUACCUUGAAGUGCUGAUGAGGCCAGGUAUGUUGUCCCUGAGUCGGGUCCCUCCUGUUCUCUUCUGGUUCAGGUUGAGUGGAGAGUGACGGAAACAGGCCUGCUUUCUAGGGGUUGUUGCUCUUCUGCGUGAUCUCCUGCUGGGAUACCAGCCUCGACCUGUGAAGAGACGUGUUUUUCAAACAAUCUGGUUAAAGGGGACAUGGAAAGCCCUCUUGCUUGAUGUGAUAUUGUAUGUAAUAAAUCAGGAGAAUGUAUUUUUUUAUUUAUUGGCAGAUUUGGAGGUGGUAUUAGGUACAAAUAGUACCAUACUCUGAUUUUUUUACACCAAAAUAAAGCAGAUUGUCUGAAGUUAAUAUAUUUAUUUUUGCUCUCGGGAGAUUACAAAAUGUGUUUUUUUACAACUACAGAGGGCCUUUUGAGGCAUUGCUGUAUGUCGUAGACUAGCUUAUCAGUGAGUUGGUAAAUGUUUUGUCCUGACCUCUUUUUCUAGUGUUGGUACCCAGUAUGCUCAGGGCCAAGGAUUGUAAGCAGACCUUCAGGAAGUGGAGUUUAUUUCUUCAGCACAGAGGACAUGUAAAGGCUGCAACUGAGGUUUCCUUUAGGAUUGACUACCUCGCUCUAAAGCAAAUAAGCAAUCUUUUUAUUGCAAUAACAUUUGAUAAAUUGGGCUUUUUAAUUAGUAUUUAACACCAAGUUAGAUAUUAACUUUCCCAUAAUUAAAAGUUGUUCCUCUCUCCAAACACUUUGGUUCUGGAUUGUCCUCCAUUAUUAAAUACUUAAAAUAAUAAUUUAAAUUGUUUUACCAAUACAUACACAAUAUGUGUACAGUAUGUAUUCAGUAUUCUUCAGUAUUGUGAAGAGAUGUAGUUUUUUCUGGACAAAAAAAUAAAUUGCUUAUUUAAUUAGAAAUGGGAAAUUAAAGCAUAAUCUUAAAGACACAUCAUUCACAAAAACAGACACAUACUGUACACGAGCAGUUAAGUGUGUUAUUUAACUGCUCUUGGGAAAAUGUUGGAAGACCAGUUUGAUGUUACAGUUAUUCCAGUGUUUAUAGAAAGACUGAAAUGACUUCUGGCUAAUGAUUGCCCUUCUGAAACAGUUUUCAAGCUUUUGAGAGUCCAGCUGAUUGAAAAUAUCAGUGUCCAGUUUGUAUGUUUUAUUACAUUUUGGUGUGGUCUAUUUCUUGGUACGUACCGUGCUAAAUAAAAAGCAGCUUUAAACACGGAACAAUGAACAAUAGGGAGGUGAGCAAUACAUUGUUAAGAGAAGCUUGUGGGAAUUAAAAUAAUAAUUUUAGCAUCUGGAAACAUCUUUUCUAUUGUGACUUGAAGUGAAGCUUGUAUCACUUGGUGUUGAUAGGCAUAUUCUUUUGAUAAAUGGCAGCAGCAGAAUGAUUAAAAUAUGAAAAGCUUAAACUCUGCUAAGGGAAUGUAUUCUGCAUGUUUUCUCUUUCCAGCACAAGAACUACAGGGUCUGUUGAAUUCAAAGCCACAUAUUGUACUCAUACAGAUUCAAGUUCUUGUCUAUAUUGGGAACAACAAAAAACUACAGCUAGAGAAGUCACAAAAUAAUCAUGCAAUGUAUUUUUACAUCUGCAAAGCAAACUGGUCCUGAAAACAAUGUGAGCACUUUAUAAAACAUAUAAUCUAAUUGCAAAAAUGCUGUAAAACAUUCCAAUUAUCCAGCUCUUAUAUUGUGUCUUUGUGAUAGGCUUGACCACUGAGCACAUGAAGUUGUAGUUUGUAUUUAUUGCACACAAUACAAUAAAUAAUGUACAGAGAAACAAAGCAAUGGAGUAGUGAAUGUGAUUCCCUUCCACAACAUGCUUGUCUCCAGUUCACCAGGUGAGUGUUACCACUAUUGCUGUCUUGUUCUUAUGUGUGCUGUCAUGUAGCAUCAAUGACACUUGCUUCCAUAGUGAACCUGGGGGUCUUGUGCAGGUGUCACAUAUAUAUUCCAGCUUAAAAUAAACCUUUAAAAAAGGGAUUUUUUGUUUAAUGAAAAUGCAUAAAAUAAAAAUAAAUUUUA